AUGCCUCCAACUUAUCAAUCUGCAUUUCAUAAAAUCAUUUCUCGUGAUAAAGGAGUAUUUGAAGGUCACAACUUUCUUGUUUCCGUUGAUACGAUUAAUUGGAUUCAUGUAAAUACAUUGACAAUCACAGAACAAGGUCAAUUAUUUUCGUCAGAUUCAGACGAUAAUCAUUAUUUGUUACUACAAUCUUUACAAUCUUGUUUUAUACAAAUAUAUCCUGAUUCCAAUAUAUCAGGAUCUGGUAAAAACUCAAUUUCCCAACCACCCCCAACAACUUCAACAAGACGUAAUUUAUUAAGAAAGACAAGCAAUUUGAAUUCUUCAGAUCAACUGCACCUGAGAUCAAGUGAAGAUAACGACCAUCAACCACCAGCUAUUCUUAUAAAAACUUUUGAUAAUGAUAAACUAUAUAUAAGGAUACCUUCCAAAUCAAAUUUUGGUAAUCUAUUGAGUUGUCUUAUUGUUUGGCAAAAUUUAAAACCUCAGGGGUUAGCCAAAAAAUGGUAUAGUGAGAAUAAAGUUAUUGAUGGAUUCAAUCCCAAUGCACCAAUUUAUGAAUUAUUGGUUUGUCGAUUCAAAAUAUAUGGACCAUUACCCAAUAAAUAUAAAAACUUAAAUAUUGUUCCUGGACCUAAAGCUCCUGUAUAUCAACAGAAAAUAGAUGAUUUUAAAACCAAUUUUGAUAAUUCCUAUAUAAUAACACCACAAAUACUGUCAGAUAAUCAUAAUAGUAUUAAUGAAGGUUGGUUUUAUGCUAUGGGGGCAUUGAAUUCACACGGGAUUUUAAACUUUAUAAGUGAAUUAGAUGGAACUUUAUUAUAUUCAAUUGAUAUAAAACUGGUUUUAUCUAGUGAAAUUAGAGAAGUACACAAUUCAAUCUUUAAUAGUUCUAAUAUUUUAUUUAUUGGACAAUUGAAGGAACUACGUUAUAAUAAUGUUAUAAGAACAUUAAGUACUUUGACCCCAGAUCAAUUGUUGACUCCAUUUUUGACACGUGAUGGUAAAAUCAUUCCUAAUAAUCAACGAAUUUUAAUUGAAUUCCCCUUGCACAUUGAUUUGGAAGAUUGGUUUGUGGGAUUAAAUUAUUUUGCUAAAAGGGAAUAUAUUGGAUCAUUUGAUAAUGAAUCAAAACUUAUCCAUAAUGUUGAACAUCCUCAAUUACAUGAUUUUUCCAAGGCAAAUUUCCGAGUAUCAAAGAAAAUGUCCAUUGAUAUAAUUGAAGCUAAAUUUGAAAAUACUGAAACUAAUAAACUGGGGAAAAUUUAUGCUGAAGUAAGAAUGUGGGGGUUCCCAUGGUCUAGAACUGCUAUUGUUAAUCAUACCAAUAAUCCAUUUUGGAAAGAAGAGUUUCUGACUGAUCUACCUAUAUCAACCCAAAUGGUACAUAUUUUAAUUAAAAAAUGUGUUUUCAAUGAUUCAUCUUAUUCGACUGGUGAUAAAUUAAUUGGUACAGUUUAUGUGACGCCGGAUAUUUUAACUAAACAGAUGAAAACCACUUCAACUAUUAUGACUAGUAGCGAAUCCAGUCAAGCUAUACAAAUGAAUACGGUGCCAUUAUCUAGUAUGGCUUCAACCCUGAAUGCUGGAUUGGAUAUUGUUAGAUUGACUAUUAAUGAUCCCAACAAUAUCCCCAUUGGUAAGUUAUUAUUAGAGGUCCAUUUACAAGAAUAUCAUAUUCUUUCCCCACUGGUUUUCAAACCAUUAGAGAAAAUGCUUGUUAAUGCGCCGAUGAAAGAUUUAAUCAGGUUUUGUAAUGAAAAUGUCCCUUCAUCAGAUUUUGAACGUGUCAGUUUGGUAUUGUUAGAUAUUUUCCAAAGUCUUGAAGUAGAGGAUGAUUGGUUUAAGAGUUUAAUGGAGGUGGAAUUGGUUAAUGUUGAUAUGAUGACUAGGAAAAACUAUCAUCAACGGAAUAGUCAAGAUCAAGCUAUUUCCAAUUCCAAGACGCAACAUCAAUCUUCUCAUAAUAACGUGUUCAACACACUAUUUCGAGGAUCAUCGAUUUUUUCUAAAUCAUUGGAAAAAUAUAAUUUACGUAUUGGACAAGAAUAUCUUGAAAAAGUGUUUGGAGAUUUUUUUGCCAAAAUUAGUAAUGAAAAGAAAAAUUGUGAAGUUGAUCCUAGAUAUGUUAGAAUACAGGAACGUGCAUUGCGAAAGGGGAAAAGUAUUCAUGAUACUACUGGGUUAGAUGGUAAUGGGUAUAGUCAAGAUGCCAGUGAUGAUGAUGAUGACGAUGACGAUGAUGACGACAAUAGUAGUGAUGAUGCUGAUUAUAAUGCAGAAAGGGAACGAGAAAGAAAUGAAAGAAUCAAAAAAAUGGUGGAAGAAAAUUUCCAAAACUUGUAUGGAUAUGUUGAAGAGAUUUGGAAUAAAAUUUAUAUAACCUCAAAUGAUUUACCUGAUCAAAUAAAAUUACAAUUGAAAAAUUUUAGAACCAAAGUUGAAUUAGUGUGUGAUCCUGAAGAUAAAGUUACUAGUUUGAAUUGUUUAUCGGCAUUUAUAUUUUUAAGAUUUUUCUGUCCUGCAAUAUUGAAUCCCAAAUUAUUUUAUUUAGCCAAAAAUCAUCAAACAGGGAGUACUCAAAGAACAUUGACAUUGAUUGCCAAAGUUUUACUUAAUCUUGCUAAUCGACAAGAAUUUAGUCCUCAUAAGGAACCCCAUUUAGUAAGAAUGAAUGUUUUCUUAAGGAAACAUACACCAGAAAUUUAUGAUUAUUUUGAUAAACUUACGGGUCGGAAAAAUGAUUUUAAUGAAAAAAUUUUGGAAUUGAGUCAUGAAGUUAAACGAUUUGAUUUAAAUUUAGAUAAAACUUCUAAUGAAUUACCAACAACUCCUUAUUUAAUUGAUAAAUAUUUGCGAUUAACUGAAAUUGUUCAUUUGUUGGAUUAUAAUAAAUAUGCCAAGAAUAAUCCGAAUGGAUCUAUGAGUAAUUUGGGAACACCGGUGAAUAGUCCAUCAAGAGAUAUUGAUCGAGAUAGAUCACAAUCAGGAACUCCAGAUUUAGAUCCUAUAUUGAAUUUAAGUGAUUUAAAAUUGAAUUAUGAAAAUAAAUAUCAAAUUGGGUCAUUAGAAUUUGAAAAACUGGAAUUUCUUGAAUUGAGUGGUGAUAAUGAAACUGAAGGAUUUAUUAAAUCAUUAUGUAAAGGAAAUGAAGAAAUUUUUUCAUUUAUUAAUUCUAAUAUAACUUUAAAAGAUAUUCAAAAGCAAAGCACGAAAAUUAUGAAUCGAAUUCAAGAAUUGGAAAUUUAUUUAGAAAAUUAUGAAUUCCCUAAUAAUUAUAAAGAUCAAUUUAUAUGGGAUUCAUUUACUGAUGAUAUUAUGAAUAAAUGUUGGUUAGAUACCAGUAGAAAUUGUUUGAUUUAUUCUGAUCAUGUCCCUUCAACUAAUCAAUAUAAAAAAUUAAUUGAUCAUGCAUUAUCAGGGUUGAAAUUGAAAUUUAAUGAUCAUCAGAAAUUGAAUGGUAAUUCCACAAUGAAUUCAUUAAUGAAUAAUAGUCUGGGGAAAAGAAAUGGACAUGAUAUUAAUGGUGGACCUGGUGGUAAUGAUGGUAAUUAUGGAGAUGGUUAUAAUGAAAUGGAUCGUAAUCAAAGAUUAAGUUUAACGUUUAGUACUAUUAGUAUUGGUAGUGCUAUAAAGCCAAAUACUUCAAAAAAUCCAUUUAAGAAAUGGUUACGGAAAAAUUGA